CAUCCCUAUCCAAAUUGCAUAAUGAUGGGAACAUAGGUUUCCCUUUUUUCCUUUAAUUUUGUUCUUUCCAAGCUUUUGUGAAAGCUAGAGGAAGAAUCUAGCCGACCACAGAACAAGCUCUACUUUUCUCUUCCACAAGUUUCCCGCUCUACAAUUCCCUCCAAUCAUACUAAACCAAAGGAGAUGAUGAGCAACACCACAGAGGUUUGAAGUCCAACAUGGGAAACUGCUUCUUUGGGGCGAUGUCAGAACCUGAUGCAGCAAUCAAAGUGAUAACAUCAAACGGUGGCAUCAUGGAAUUCAGUGCUCCUGUAACGGUGAGUUUCAUCACCAACGAGUUCCCGGGGCAUGCCAUAUUCAGAAGCCACGACCUCUUUUGGAAACCACUCAGCAAUUUGGAUGAGUUGGAGCCAGGCCAAUCUUACUAUUUGCUACCACUCAAAAACAACAACAUAGACACCCCAUGUAGUGAACAUGUUGUGAGACAAGGCCACGUUAGAUCUCAUAGUGUUCCUACUACCUCGUACCCUGCCUUGUAUAGAAUGUCCUUGGACUACCAGCACCACCUCAAGAGGUCCUCCAUGGAAGCAUUCUCUAGCAGGAGCAGUGGUACUAGUAGCUGCAACAUUGGUGGUGGUGGUGGUGGUGGUGGUAGCAGUAGGUUUUGGAAAGUGAAGCUUGUGAUCACCCCAGAACAGUUGGUGGAUAUUUUGGCACAAGAGGCUCGCACCAAGGAGUUGAUAGAGAGUGUGAGGAUGGUGGCAAAAUGUGGGGUUUCUUCUGGUGGCAUUUCAUCUUCUGCUGCAGCUAUGAUUUCUGAUCAGUGGAGCCUUUCCACCACCAGUUGGAGCAUUUCCUCUAAGAUUGAUGCCUUGGUAGGUAUUUAAUUAGUACAGAUCAGUGACUAAUAAUUUGUACCAACAUUAAUUACUGUUUUUUUUUUGUCUCUUCUUCUUUGGUUACGCAUGCACGUAUUUUGCUUCUUCUUUAAAAUUCAAUGUAGAUUCACUCUUUAUCA